AUGGUUCUCACACUGAAUAAAAUGGUUGCUUCUUUUCAUCUCACGGUGCUCCCUGAAAUAAUCCGGUUCAUCGUGUUAGCUAUUUUCGUUUCAUGGAAGUUUUACAGGCUCGUAAGGUCGAAUUACAAGUACAUGGCGAUGAUCAACAAGAGCAGCUCGAAAUUUAUUUACAGAAGGAACCCGAAUUCGGAGUUACAAGAAUGUGCCAUUUGCAGGUCUGAAUUUGUGGCAGGUGAAAAGAUUAGAGAGCUGAAAUGCAAACAUAUGUUCCAUAGACAUUGUGUGGAGAAAUGGCUACAAGAAUACAAGGCUACGUGCCCGCUUUGUAGAAGUUCGAUCGUGUCUGAGGAGAUUUUAGCUGAAUAUCGUCGCGUAAAAAAUGAGCGAAAUGAUAGUAUCAUUGAGAAGGAGCUAGCUCUUAUACUGUUAUCUGUUUUGCAUGGGGGGAGCUGCCAUGGGUUUUGA